AUGAUGACAUCUCGCGUUUUUAUUCUACUUGCUUUAACGAUAAACGUUACUUAUGGUUUUUAUAUGCGACCGAUUAAUAGAAUUGAUGAAAUUCAAACUGAAAUGCGCAAUGCAAACGAAUGGAAUAUGUUUAAACGAAAGUUAAAUCUAACCGAUGAAAAAGUUGAACUAUUGCAGUCUCAAAGAGAUCAGGAAAAAACCAAACAACUAUUAUAUCGUUUCAUUCGUGAGAAUCCCAAGCUUAUCAAGGCGGAAAAAACGAAAGGCUUAGUUAACGAAGAAGAGAUGAUCGAAAGGAAAGCUAAACAAGAGAGAGAGGCAGACUUUGUUGAUAACCACAAAUUGGAUUACUUUCGCAAAAUUUAUCGCAAAGUUGUUAAAGGCAUCGAAUCAAAAACGUAUCGAAUUUUAAAGACUUCCCUGAAGAUCGUAUUUACUGAUGUAUCUCAAAAGCACUUGAGACGAUCACGCCGCACGAUCCCGAAUACAGAGUUCUUAAAAGAACCGGACGACGAAGAAGGGAAUGUGAAAGACGACGUCGAAGAUUAUUCAGAUAAUGACGAGUAUCCCGAUAAUUCCGAUAGUACCUCACGUUAUAAAGGUUAUUUCAAUGAUAAUUCCGAGGGUGAAGUGAGAGCUCGCCGUAGAAUUAGGUAUGGUUCUAUACAAAAUCUAAUUAUGCAAGCCAUGAGAAGACGUAGGCAACAGGACAGAGAAGAAAGCAAACUCAUAGAUGACAUCGAUGGUUAA